AAAAUGAAAAAUAUAGCUAAUGACGAGGCGGAGCUUGGUUACAGGUUAUGGCACCACCAGUGAGACUGUAUGACGCUCAUUUUAUCCCCUUGCCCUCUCAGGGCAAUGUAUACAGUCUUGCUUUCUUGCAAGUGGAACGAGGGGUUACGAAGGUGCUUGUAGCAUCACUCAAAAGAAAGGUCUACUCCUUGGAGUACGUGCAGGAUGACCGUGGCUUCCUCCACCCGACCGUCAACGAGAUCCCCUUCACCUACCUGCCGGAGGGGUCCGAAAUCAUAUCAGUCGAUGCAUUCAACAAGAGUGAAAACAAAGAGGAAAUGGUGGUCGGACUGGCCAUUAUCAAAGACGUGGACCGUUCGGACGGCAAGACGUCGCAGUACCUGAACAUCUACAGCGACUGGGAACCCGAGUUCGGCGCCAGUCUGCUGGAGACGCUGGCGCAGAACUGGCGACACGUCGAGCUCGAAUUCAUACCGUACCAGCUGCAGCACGCCGUCGUCGAAAUCAACGGCAUUUUGGACACGUGUUUCCUGCUGAGCGGCAGCGAUAAAAACAUUCAUCUGUACGUGGAGGACAAGCCGAACCAGAGCUUCCGGGAGGAGCCCCUCGAGCCGCUCUUCCCAGAGUUUGCCGACCUGCCCUCCAUCGUCAUGUGGACCAACUUCUACAAGGACAUACCGGGAACACGCAUCACGGCGCUGGCCUGCGAGUGCGGCUACGUGCGUGUCAGCGUGGUGGACCUGGCCUCUCUGAGCGUCACGUUCGCCUGGUCCGCCACCCACGACAGCCCCAUUACCUCCGUACGUCUGUUCAGCCUCGGCACCCGGUUGGAGACGCCCGGGUUUGUGUCUGCCGUGCUCCGGGAGCCGGCAGACGCGGCUGGCGGAGGCCCAGAGUCGCUUCAUCUGCUGGUCACCAACGCUCUGUGGCCGUCAGUGGUGUACAGCGGGCUACCUCUGGCCGAGGGGGAGCCCCCGCCGCGACGUCACACGUUGGCGGAGAGUGAUGUCAGUGAUGUGGUGACGUGUAGCUGCGUGUGCGAUAUCAACAUGGACGGCAGGAAUGAGAUCGUGCUGGGGACGUACGGACAGGAGCUGCUGGUGUACAGCACCCAGGGCGACGAGUGGACGCAGAUCUGGCGGUUCAGCUUCUCACAGCCGCUGCUGGCCGUCACCUACGUGGACCUCAUCGGGGACGGCAUCAACGAGCUGGUGGUGCUCACCAACCACGGACUGCACGUGCUGCAGCACGAUACGCGCGAGGCGGCGGCGCUCUGUCUCCAGCGGCGACAGGAGCUCAGUGGUCUGACCGACGUUGAGCUGUCGCGUCUUCUGGACGCCGCGCUACGCCUGGCCUCACCAGAAGCUGAGACGGGCGCGUCAGAUACCCCCGCCGGUGGGACCGCCGACCGGUCGGGUGAUACAGCGGCCGAUAAGACGGGCGAUCCGGCGGGCGCAGAUGACUCCCAGGCAGGUACUGUCCCGUCCUCUCUGUCUGCCCCAUACAGCGGCAGCUCGGACAGCUGCCCGUCGUCGGACGAUCCGGUCACCCCGACGUUCGGUCCGUCCAUUAGCUGACAGGACGGUGACGGGUGUGAGCUGAUGUGAUCGAAUGGCAUUCCUUAGUUGUGAGACCGUAUAUCAGGGUUUGUAGUAUAGUAAGGCAAAUGUAUCAUUUCGCCAUAUAUCAAUGCAUUGUCACAAGAAAAAUACGAGUAGGUUAGUGGCAUACCGUCAGCCCCGACAUUCCAUUGCUUUUGUAAGAGCUUAGCAACACUUAACAACAUUCCCUGGUGUCCCGACAAAACAGUAGCCCCCCCCCCCCACACACACACACACACAUGCACACCUACACACACGCCGCGCACAUUACUUGCACGCCUCGCAAACGACAUCACGCACUCGGACUAACGACACACUCGUAGCACAUAUUCGUGAUCGUGUAAUGUCUGGCUUGAUGCCAGGUUCAGAGCUGCUGUUUCUCUGGCCAAGAAUUUUGCCAAUUGAAGUCUGUGAAGGUUCGGUUUUCGUUGGUGCAGUAUCUCAUUUGUCACUUCGCUUCUGUUUAAAGAUCAAACAGUUAUGUAUGAAAAACGUGGUAGAAAUUAUGCAAGGCUAACCAUACAACGAUUAUCACUAUCCCAACCGAUUCGAAACAUGCUCAUUGGGAAACAGGGGCUGGACAGCGAACACAUGGGCCUUGUUUCCAACAGAAAAGUCACUCUUAUCCGACCACAGUCAGUUCAGUGCUUUGUCCACAAAUUGUUAUUUACAUAUCAACAAAAUUGCAUUAACAAACGCAUACGCUAUCGAAUACCCAGUCGCAACAGCGGCCGCCCGGGCAGCGACCACUUGACAAUGGGCUCGGCAUCAUGAUAAGGCUCGUGGUCAGGCGUUUUGUCUCGAUAAACCUCCGUACUAUAACAUUCAUAUAUUCUGCCGCCACCCACGACCCACUUGAAACCGGUCACACGGCCAUCCUUGCCUAUUUUUGUACUGCGUAUGAUUGUAAGCGUAUGGCUAUGUACAUUGUGUAAUAUGUACAUAUGUAUGUAGGGUAUUUACGUGCACACCGUGUGUAAUGUGCGAGUGUGAACCUUGUUUUUUAUGGGUGGGCUGUGUGAUCCGGGCAUUUUCUUGUUCCAGUGAUGAAAGUGUUCAGGGCCAGUGAUAUCGGUAAUAACUGCGUUUCAGUGUCACCUCUCAUAGGGUAGAUAACUUGAAUUUUGUGCUAUGCGGCAUGUGCAAUGACGUGGACACUGGACUGUGUUUCUGUGCCUGUAGGAUGACUGUAAUUUGUAAGGAAUUUGUAAGCCUCAAACGUAGCGCGUGUGAUAAGAAUUGUUUUAUACUCCACGGGCAGAAACUGGUAUACGUAUGGCUACCACAGUUAUAUCACCCUUCUGUAUGCUGCCUUGUUGUGUCAAUAAAAUGACACAAUUUUGUGAACAACUGCA